GCACCAUAUGUGUUCAUAGUACGUUCGUAGUUCUUAUCCGAGUACUUAUUGUAUGGGAUCGUUGUGCUAAUUGAAUAAAAUUGAUUUUUUCCUCUAAACCUUCUGACUUUGUAAUGUGGCAAAAUAUUUACAACGAAGAGAUAAAAAUGUUAUUAAAUUUUCCUUUGUAUAUGUAGUGUUCACAAAGUGUUUGCUUAAAAGUAAUCAAAAAUGAAUAGUUUACAGAGUGAACAGAUGGAUGAAAAGUUCGUAAAGGACUUUAGUCUACUUGCAAAUUCCACUGCAGGCGACAAAGAGAACACUCUUUGUGCAUUUUCACUUGUGGAGGUGGUGAGUAAUAAGCACACAGACGUGGGGAGUGACACAGGAGACGAAGGUCAACAACUUGACGAGGAGGAAACGAUUUUUCUUGAGCGUCAUUGCAAUAGUCAAUGUAGCGAAAGCAAUGCAACUGCUUCUAUGGAGGCAAGAAACUCCACCUCCAGUUCCCCCACACCGACCACUACACCUACACUGAAUUUCGCACAAUCAACCCCAUAUAAACAUGAAACUAAUGUUUAUGAACGUAUGGGAAAUGAAUUCGAUGGAGAGGAAGUGGUUGUGAAAGAAGAAGCAGAGGAAGAGGAAGAGGAGGAAGUGAAAAAUAACAAAGUAAAAUCAACACGACAAAGCAUACUAAAUACCGAGCUCGAAUUGUUUGAGCAAUGCAAAGAAACUAAUGGUAUGUUUGUCGAUGAUGUGUUACUGCCACCAGAGCAUUUUGAACAUACUUCACCACAUCCACUUAGUGAACGUUGGUCGCCCUUAGGCGCGAAUUAUGACGAUGCAAUGAGCCCCACAUCGGAAUUACUUAGUCCCGAAUCGGAAUUGGAACUUUUAAGUUCAGAUAGUCAGGAUAAACAGGAGCUAUUGCGCAAUGAUCCUAACGAGUUGGGGCGGUUAAGAAGUAUGGAAGAGGAACAAGAGUUAUUAACGACUUCUCUGAUGGCAUUGACUUCACAUUUCGCACACGUGCAAUUGCGGGUACGGCAAAUUGUCGAGGCUCCAUCACACGAACGUGACCAGUUACUCAAAGAUUUAGAGGAGUUUGCUUUUCGUGGCAUACCAGAGCCCAUAGUACCCACAUCAGGUGGCAUCAAUAACGCUGACUCACCCAACCAUCAUUCCCAACCGGAUGAUGAGGCAGUGCGUCAACGUCAAUUCGAAUUGAUCGAACAUCUAAAAUCCCAACUAAGUGAACUAGAAAAGUUGGCUUACGAAUCAGGCGCACCUGUCUUGCCACAACACAUACUGUUGGAAAAACAGAAAAUCAUUAUCGACGAACUAAAAAAUAAAUUAAAUUUGCAAGUGGACGAACGUGAUUUACCCGAACUUACGUCCGAAGAGUUAAAGAAUCAAGUGGACAAUGCUAUUGGUGAGUUCGUGGGGCCGCUGCGCAUGAAGGAGCAAUUGGUGGCGCAACUGAAAACUCAAAUUACUGAUCUCGAACGUUUCAUUGCAUUCUUGCAAUGUGACACCGAGGACUCGAAACUGAAGACUCUCAACGGCAGUGACAAGUUGGAUGAACACUACAAUAGUUAUGCUGCGAAGAAGAUGGGCGAAAAAGUACGUAAAAAGCAGACACCACCAAAGUUGGAUCCCAUCGAGCAGGAUAAGCUUAAUUCCUUACAUCCAAAUACCAGCCGGAAUGCAGCGCAACAAAGUAAUGGUGAGACUUUGAAUAGUAAAGCUCAUAGUUUGUUGGAUAAAGCUUCGUUGCUGAUGCAAAUGUUUGCUACAACACAUUUUGGCGCCAAAGCCGAUCAAUUUCAGAAGAAUACGCUGAAGAAGACGUCUAAGGGCAAUCAUUGGGGCGAUUUGCGCGCACAGCUCGAAGUCGACAUUCAAGAGGUGGCUUCUCUUGCUGCAACGUUAAGUUUCGACCGCGAAAAGUUGGCCAACAUGAAACGAGCGCUUAAAAACUCUAAUCGAAAUGCAAGCACUUCACUAGCGCUCAACGCACAAAAUGGCGCCGUAACUGUACCACCACGUGCACAAAAAGCCAGCAUAACAGCCGAAAAUCGGAAAGAACUAAAGGCUUAUACCGUCUCCUCCGACUCGGAUGAUGACACUUAUGACUGCUACGCCUGGGAACGUAGCUCUUGCCGCAAAACUGCUGUUGCACGCUACAAGGGAGGCGAUUCAAUCAUAACCAUCAGCAAAGAGUUAACAACAGCAGUGCGUAAAAACUUUUGCAUGACUUUAUUGCGUCUCAUACAACAUGGUUUGCGUGUAGAAACUGAAUCGGCCACAUCCAGUCUGAUUGUACCAUUUAUGCGCUGCCUCAAUCCGUCCCCGGUAUUUGCCGCCGAACAUGGUUAUCGUUCCAGGGAUACGUCGAACAGUUCAUCUUUCGUCUCAUCAGCGGCUUUCUCUUCCACCUACAAUGCCAAUUACACGAACAAUGAUUGCGAUGAAGAGAUCACCAGCGGUUUCUUCGGCACCGGCGGUAGUCGGCCAAUGCAUGCCUGGGAACUGAUUUUGGAAUAUUACUACUUAAAGAAUGGGGAUGAGUUCAAUAACACGCCGGCUAGAAAGCUUUCACAAAGCUUCAAUUUGGACAUUGUGGACUCACAAACGGUUACAGCCAAGCAAAGCUUUCUCAGCGCCGUGGGCAUGAUAAUAGCCAUGCAUCGUCCAUACAAGCGCAGCUAUAAUGCACAUUUCAAGGCAUUCGUAUGUGCGGGUUUGAACUGCCAUCAGCUAGUAGAGUGGUUGAACUUGAUGUUCAGUUGCAGUGACUUGGUGGACACAUAUUACACGCCCAACAGUUAUGUGGCACGCACCGGCUUUCGUGAUUCACUGCGUUCCAUCGAUGCUCUAACUAAAUAUGAUUUUGAUUUGCCUGUAGAUUUGGCAAUUAGACAUUUUAGAAAUCUUUAAAUACGAAUAUAUUACUUAUUUUACUUUUAAAUAAGCAUAAUAAUACACAUAUGUAGGCGUAUGCAUGUGCAAUGAUAUAUUUACAUAUACAUUUCAUCAUAUUUUUAGGCAAUUAUUUUCAUAUCCUAACCUAAAAAUCGAGUAAUCAAAACCCCGAAAGAAAAAGAAAAAGUCCAUUGUACUUAUUAUUGCAAACUAAUCGAAUUUCUUCCAAAUUAAUAAGCGCAUUUAUUGAUGUGUGUGCUCAAGUAUUCAAGAAGUUCGAAUAUUUGUGUAUGUCAGUGUGUAUAUUAUAAGUUGUAUAUUUAAUUGUAAAAUUUGAAAUUUGAAUCUAAUCAAAUCUAGUCUGUCUGCUGCUCUAUAUAUUGUGAAAUGUAUGUAUGUAACUAUUUAAUAUAUAUAAUAUAUAUAAAUAAUGUCUACAAAAACAGUGCUUUUAAAAAUACCUACAUACAACUGCAAAGAACUGUCCUAGGCAUACUUUGACUUUAGCUGAACUUUUCAUUCGGUAAAUUUUACUUUUUCAUAACAAUAAUUAAAACAUUUUAUUUAAUUACAGAUUAUUUUUUUAGCUUCAUGGUUUUUGAGAGCAAACUGUCUUGUUUAAAUUUAUUUAUGAUUUGAAAUUUUUCUUUUAUUUUUCAAAAGUAGUUUUGAUCUAAUUUCGUAAUUAAGCCAACAAAUGUUAUAAUGUAAUUUUGUAACAACUGUUCUUCUUGCGCCUAAAAGCAUACUACUAUUUAGGCAUAAGGUAAAUUUUAAUCGUUUAUUUUAAAAUAUCUCUUUAAAGUAAUUUUUUUUUUUUGCUAAAAACUAUUACAUCAUUCAGAUUAAGGCAGAACUAACAGCCUUUUAACAGUAAUAUAUACAUAUAUAUUAAUAUACAGAAGAACCAAUUUAGAGUCUAUCACGCCUAGAAUGCAAUUAUUACAGAAAAUAACUAAAAGUAAUGUACAAUACAGCAUAUAUAUAAAAUUAAUAAAUAGAUACAUUAAUGUCUUA